UUCUAGGCAUUUUCCUUUUACUAUUAAUUUUUUUUAAAAUACCACUCUUGCAUAAAACCUACAAAAUGACAUUCUAUAUUAUUAUUUUUACAGUUUUAGCCUCAACACUAUCUUCUUCUCCUCUGCAAUCCUGAUUUGUGCUUCACUCAAUCAGAAAGACAUGGCACUCUCAAAGCCACCACCACAUUUCAGUCCCUUUGACAAUCCAAAUCCUCAUCUUGAAACUGCGGCUUCUAUCUUGACAUUCUCUUCUCAAUCAUCAAGAAGAAUACGAAGAGACGUUCUUCUCUCAAUCUCGGGAACAAUAAUCCCUCAACUGUUUCUCCUUGACCACCAACGCUCUUCCUCUGCAAAUGCUGCUGACCUUUUCAACUUCAUGGCACCACCCGAGCCCGAACGCACUGUCGAGAUUGCUAAGGAAGGAUUACGAAAAAAUGCUGAAAAUAUAAAAGAGAUAAAAGAGAAGAUGAUAGAAAAUAAGAGGUGGAAAGAAGGAGGGAAAGAGUUAAGAAGAAGUGCAUCAAACAUGAAACAAGAUUUGUAUUUAAUUAUCCAAGCAAAGCCUCCCAAGGAUAGACCUCUUCUUAGGUCUCUCUAUUCAUCUCUCUUCAAUACAAUCACCAAGAUGGAUUAUGCAGCAGGAGAUGGGAAUGCAACUAAAGUAAUGGAGUACUACAAGAGUAUUGCUGCAACUCUCGAUAAUAUUUUUACUCGAAUUUAAAUCCAAUCAGUAUGUUAAUAAAAAAAGUUUCUGAACUUCAAAGGAAUAUUGUGAAGACAAUUAUCUUAGGGAGAGAAUUUUGUAAAAAUAGUCUCAUUAUUUUAAAACACCAACGUUA